AUGCGCUCCGGCCACAGUAGCAGCGGUGCCAUGGCAUUGUGUCUAUUGCUCAGUGCGAGCGUAGCGGUCGCUCAAAAUCUCACGAUACCCACGGAAAUCUGGCUGAACUCCACGUCGGGUCUCGGUCGCGACACACGCGCAGAUCUUGCAUCGAGUGCCGCCAAGCCAUUCGCUACUCUGAGUAUAGCCGUGGGGCAACCCGGCAUGCCGUUUCUCCCGGAAGUCACCAGCGUCUUCGCGGCUCUGGCCUUGCAAGACUACUAUCUCGGAACUAAUACUUGGCAAUCUAUGGGGACGUCGACCUUGCUAAAUACUAUCAGGGAACGGAAUGGUUUUUGGAGCGACGGAAAGAUGGAGUCAAGCGAUCCUGCUUAUUGGGGGCUCGCAUCCUUCUACUCGUAUCGAACUUACAAUGCGACGGAUCUUCUUGACAAUGCCAAGACCGCCUGGGACAUAGUUUACAAUGCCUUCAUUACCCCGAGUGCUGCAGCCAGCGGAAGUGGCGCCGGGCGCAAUGUAUCGUUCUCACCUCCUACCAAUUGCACAGCUGAAACAUUCGCCGGUGGUGUAUUCUUAAGACAGGACGUCAUGAACAAUACCGAAGUGAACAUGCUGUCUGUUGGGCCCUUUAUGGCCUUAUCGGCAUACUUGUACGAGGCCACACAGAACAGCACGUAUCACGACUCUGCUCAGCUAUCGCUUGAUUUUAUCAUCCACCAUCUAUGGAAUGGGAGCUUUGUCUCCGACAGCAUUGAUUUGAGCUCCUGUCAAAUUACACCCAAGCCAUGGACUCUGAAUCAAGCGUGGUUCAUAGAAGGUCUAUCCGUGUGGGCGAACGUAACUCAUAAUGAUACGUUGACAACACUUCUCGAGAAUGCGGUACCCAGCAUUGCAACAUACCCAUCAUGGACGUCACAUGAUGGAACCACCGAUGACUUCAAUCCUGAUAUCACGAGUGCUACUCCGAAUUCGAUCCUCAAGGGUAUCUACAUCCGCAGCUUCACAGAAGCUCGCAUGCGCAAUCCCGGUACACAGCUCGCGCAGUACAUCGAGGCGUACAUUACCGUGCAGUUCAACUCCAUCUUGGAGCAUGCUCAAGCGGCACCUCCGAACAAUAGCUACUAUUCCAGAGAAUGGACUGGCCCUCCCGCAACGUUCUUCGAAGCCGGUGGCAACAUCGCGGCUUUAGACGUUCUAAAUGGCGCGGUCAGCCUUGUGGACGCGUCUUCCAGCAAUACAUCGACAACAACACCCGGUCCGAACUCGACCGGAACACCUCGGACCACUUCGAAGAAGUCUGCAAGUGCAGGUCCCAUCGCCGGCGGAGUAGUGGGCGGCGUCGUAGCUAUAGCCGUCGCCGUCGCCGCUAUAUUUCUGUGCCGUCGUCGGCAGCGAAAAGUGGCGCCCAACACGCUCAAAGGGGACUUUGACGCGUCAGACAUCAACCUCGUCGACCCGUUCGUCUCUCGGCCAGCACAUAACCCGAUUCCUCCAACCAAAUUUCAACGAAUGAACGGGGCGUAUCGAGGCGAUGGUCCUUCGGCUGCCCCAACUCAGCCUAUAUCGGUGACAGUGGACUCAACACGCGACUCAGACUCGCCUCGCAAUACGACACAUGAGAAUGCCAUCGCUGAGCUCCCGGGCUUGGUUGACCGUUUGCAGAAUUUACUGCAAGGUCGCCAGCCAGGAGAGCUUCCCCCGCAGUAUGGCGAUUGA